AUGAAACCACCAUCGUUUAAAGGAGGAAUCGAACCAAUGAAGGAUGAGGCAUGGGUGCUGGGGAUAGAAAAAUUAUUUGAAGUCUUUCCUUGUACUGAAGUUCAAAAGGUGCAACUCGCUGCUUUCACUCUUGAAGACGAGGCGCGGAGAUGGUUGAUCCUUACAAGGACAGUGCACCAGCGGUUGACAUGGGAUAGAUUCUUGGAGUUGUUUUAUGACAAAUAUUUUCCCCAAAGUAUGCGAGACAAGAAGGUAACCGAAUUUGAAACACUUAGACAAGGAAAUAAGACUGUUGCCGAGUAUGUAGCUCAGUUUGCAGAACUGGCCCGAUUUGCACCUCAUAUGGUAGAUACAGAUUAUAAGAAGGCGUGGAAGUUCGAAGGGGGAUUGCGGGGUGCUAUUUUGGAUCGAGUUAAUGUGUUAAAGUUGCCUACCUACGUUGAUGUGUUAGAAAGGGCUGUUAUAGCAGAAGGGAAUAUUGCUGCUCAGACUCGAAUUUCUGAAUGGAAAGGAAAGAGGCAGAACAACCAAUGGUUCAAGGGGUCAACUACUCCACCAAACAAGAAGCAAAAUUCAGGGACCUCCAGCACUACUACUUCUACUCAAAAUUCAGCUCCUGUGUGUCCAAAAUGUGGAUGGAGGCAUGGAGGCAUCGUGGGAUUUGUCACCGAUUAUUGUCCGCAAAGGAAUCAACAAGAUGGUAAUAAGGCUGCCACAAGCUCAGCAGGGUCUACACCGAAUCCUAAUGCCAAGUCAGCUGCUAAACCUGCUAACAAUAAGGACACUACGAGGCAAGGCAGGGUAUUUGCGUUGGUUCCAGGAGAUGUACAGAAUGUAGCGACAGUGGUGUCAGCUACAUUUAUGGUUCAUGGUCAUUCUACUUGUGUCUUAUUUGAUUCUAGCUCUACCUGUUCCUUUGUAUCAAAAUUAUUUGCGAAAAAUUUAGAUAAACCUGAAGAAGAAUUGACUUAUGUGCUGUGUGUAUCUUCACCUAUGGGAAAUUCCAUGAUCUGUACCUUUGUAUAUUCUGCUUGUGAACUUCUAAUUGGGGAUGUCCGUGUAUAUGCUAAUCUGUUACCACUUGAUAUGACUUCUUUUGAUAUUAUUCUAGGAAUGGAUUGGUUGGGUGAAUAUGGUGCCGCUAUAGACUGUCUGACAAAGCAAAUCAGUUUUCACCCUCCGGGACAAUCAGAAUCUACUUUUCAGGGACAGGGAAUAACUUCUCCACCGUAUGUGAUUUCUGUAGCAAAGGCUUGUAAAUUAAUUCAGAAAGGGUGCCAGGGCUCUACCUGUUCCUUUGUAUCAAAAUUAUUUGCGAAAAAUUUAGAUAAACCUGAAGAAGAAUUGACUUAUGUGCUGUGUGUAUCUUCACCUAUGGGAAAUUCCAUGAUCUGUACCUUUGUAUAUUCUGCUUGUGAACUUCUAAUUGGGGAUGUCCGUGUAUAUGCUAAUCUGUUACCACUUGAUAUGACUUCUUUUGAUAUUAUUCUGGGAAUGGAUUGGUUGGGUGAAUAUGGUGCCGCUAUAGACUGUCUGACGAAGCAAAUCAGUUUUCACCCUCCGGGACAAUCAUAA